GAACGGGGCCGGGCCGGGCCGGGCGGCGAUGGCGGCGGGACGCGGCGGGGGCUGGCAGGGAGUGGCGGUCGCGCUUCUCUUGCUCGCUGCGCUGACGCCGGCGGGCGCCGCCUCAGCUGCCGCUCUGCCUGUAGUCAUCAACACCUGGGCGUUCAGGACGGCUGCAGAGACAGCUUGGAGAGUAUUAGAGUCAGGAGGUUCAGAGCUGGAUGCGGUCGAGAAAGGCUGCAGUCAGUGUGAGAUCGAUCAGUGCGAUGGGAGUGUGGGAUACGGAGGAAGCCCAGAUGAAAGUGGAGAAACAACUCUGGAUGCAAUGAUUAUGGAUGGCAACACUAUGGAAGUUGGGGCUGUUGCGGAUCUCAGGCGUGUGAAAAAUGCAAUUGGUGUAGCACGAAAGGUCAUUGAAUACACUAAGCAUACAUUACUAGUGGGAGAGUCAGCCUCCCUGUUUGCUGUAAGAAUGGGGUUUCCAUAUGAAGAUUUAACUACCCAGAAAUCCCUUUCACUGUAUUCAGAGUGGCUUAAUCAAAACUGUCAGCCAAACUACUGGAAGAACGUGGUGCCAGACUCUUCAAAAUCCUGUGGACCAUAUAAACGGCGUGAAGAAGUAACUUACAGAGAAGAACACACCAGCUCACAGAGAAGUGUUCAUAACCAUGAUACUAUUGGUAUGGUUGUAAUUGGUGUGAGUGGAACCGUUGCUUCUGGGACAUCUACUAAUGGUGCAAUCCACAAACUUCCAGGACGUGUGGGAGAUUCUCCGAUAGCUGGAGCAGGAUCUUACGCAGAUAGUACAGCCGGAGGAGCUGCAGCCACUGGGGAUGGUGACAUCAUGAUGCGCUUCUUACCCAGUUAUCAAGCUGUGGAAUAUAUGAGGAUGGGAACAGACCCAACAGUAGCCUGUCAAAAAGUUAUUUCCAGAAUCCAGAAGUACGCUCCAAAGUUCUUUGGUGCUAUCAUUUGUGCUAAUACAACUGGAAGUUAUGGUGCUGCAUGUAAUAAAAUUCCAGGAUUCACUCAGUUUCAUUUCAUGGUUUCAAGCCCUUUGCUAAGUCGACCAACUGAGCAAGUAGUAGACUGCAUUUAACUUCUUUUGUCCUAUUAGCAUCUCAACUUAGAAGAGGACGGUGCUAGGUUCCCCCAGUUAUUCUUAAAAAUGGUUGUUUCUAGCAUUUAAUGGCUAUUAUGGUCUGCUUGUUUUCCUAAGAACUGGGUAGCCAGAAGUGAUGAAUAGUAGCCAUUGAACAGGCCCUUUGCCUUGCCAUUUAAAAAUAUAUUUGCCAGACAUCUGGAAUAAGAGGCUGGAAGUGGAACUAUGACUCUACACAUAGUUGUAGAGUCAUAGUUCCAUAAAACUUAUGUUGAGAAUAUUUGGCUUUCUAAAAUUUAGUCCAUGUUUUCUUUUCUCUUUCUUUUCUCUGAAAAGAAAAUUGCAUGAAAAUGUUGGCAUGCAAGGAAAGGGCCUUGAGGAGUAGUGGAGACUAUUUCAAAGAUUUAAUGAAGAGAUAAGAAGUCCUUAUGGACCAUUCUAACUUUUUCUACAACAGCUGAGAAUACAUUUGAAUGAAGAUUACAUGCAAGCAUCCCUGGUAGUACAAACCUUCAAAAAAUUUUGGUUGACUGACUGGAUGUGAAGACAAUUGGAAAUCAUCCUGUCAUCUGUUUUUUGUAGUGAAAAUUAAGUUAUGAACUAUGGUGAAGGAAAUCACUUGUCAGUAAUAGGCUGUGCAUUCACCCUGCCCUACAGCACAUUAACCUCUGCAGAGGAGCAGUAGAAUACCUAGAGUGUGACAGUAACCUACAGCCUUGGAUUUUGUCACUUUCUGUGUCUAGAGACACCAGGAUUCAUUUAUAAUGGAACUUUAGCAUCAUGAGGGUUAUUCCACAGGUAUUUGAAGAUGUGUUUGAUCAUUCUCUUAAAUUAUUGGCUUGCUGAUCUGAUGGAAUCUUUGCAAAACUUGAGCUAGGAAAUGGCAGAAGGGGAAGUGAGUAAAAAGAGUGUCUUGUAACUUUAAUUAUCCUCUGUCUACUUUAAUUAAAUAAAAUCAUUGGGUAGUAAAAUCAUUGGGUAAUAAAAGCACACAUUAAUGUAUUAGUAAAGUUGUUUAGAUGUUUGCGUACUGUGCCUUAGAUUAAUUGUUGCUUUCUGUUUCAAGUUGGUGUCUUUAAAAGCUGGAAAUAAACCAUUCAAACUAGAAUGGCUAUGCUUAAUUACCUCCUAUUGAAUUUCAUCAACAAAGUGAUUUACUCACUUCUGUCACUGGAUCCUCAGAGCCUGUUUCUGUGGCCUGUGUUCACUGCAGGCCACAGAAAGCUUUUGUCAGAGAACCUCCUAGUGAAUACAUCUGUAAUUGAUUUAGAUAGGUUUUUUACCUGUGCUACCUACAAUCCUUCUUCCAUGGCUGCUCUGUCUUCAGAUAACUCAGGCAGUCAAGUACAAAUAGAUUAAUAAAAUCCUAGUGAUUGCUACUUUGAAGAUUGCAUUAUGGAUUAUGAAUGUAGAAGGUUCAGUACUGGGAGCUGAGCAGUAAUGUCUCAAAUUGCUACAGCUGAAUCCUCCAGGAUUCAUUUCUGAAAGAGGUUUGGGAACAUCCAUAGCUUGCUUUCUAGAGUGCUUAUGUCACUCUGUACUAGCUGGUCUAUGCCAGUAAAGGUUAUGAGUUCCCUAUAACAGUGUAUCUUGAAGUCACUGUUACAGUGCUAACUCCUACACAGUCAGCUUAUCUGUGCUGGCUGACAGCUGUGUCCAGGGGGCCAAGACAGCAGUGGCAUCCUGGCCUGUGUCAGCAAUAGUGUGGUCAGGGAGACCAAGGCAGGGAUUGUCCCUCUGUGCUCAGCACUGGUGAAACCACACUUUUGAGUCCUGUGUCCAGUUCUGGGCCCCUCACAAUACAAGGGACAUUGAGGGGCUGGAGUGAGUCCAGAGAAGGGCAAUGGGGCUAUUGAAGGGUCUAGAGGGUAAAUCCUAGGAGUAGGUGAGGGAGUGGGGUUGUUCAGCCUGGAGAAAAGGAGGCUCAGACCUUAUUGCUCUAUAUCUGCCUGAAAAGAGGGUGUAGCAAGGUGGGAAGCAGCCUUUUUAUCCAGACUGCCAGUGACAGGACAACGGGAAAUGGCCUCAAGCUGUGCCACGGGAAGUUCAGGCUGGGUAUCAGGAGGCAUUUAUUCACUGGAAGGGUAGUCAAGCAUAGGAAUGGGCUGCCCAGGGAGAUGGUGAAAUCACUGUCUCUGGAAGUAUUCCAUAAAAGACUGGACAUGGCACUUUGUGAUAUGGAUUUGUUGGCAUGGUGAUGUUUGGUGAAAGGUUGGACUUGGUGAUCCUGGAGAUCUUUUCCAGCCUUACUGAUUCUAUUAUUCUAUGAAAACUACUUGUCUCCGUGAGACAAUACAUGUGGUUUGAUAAUAUGAGUUGCUUUGUGAUGAUGAAUUAGUUAUAAAUAAAAAAGUUAGUUUGUGUAAAUUAUUUUGAUAUAUCAUUAACUUGACAAUAUAUUAACUCAUAAUAUUAAGAAUGUAUCAUUCUGAUAUUGUGGACAGAAUUAAGAAUUAGAAAAAUAAUAUGCUUGAUAUUUUGUCUUAAAAUAUUUCUUUAAAGGUUGAUAAUGAUGUUCUGUUAUGCUUAGCAGACACACAAAUUCUUUUAGGAAAGAUAGCAAGUACAGCCUUCUGUCAAAAGUAAGCAAAAGCAAUGACAAUCUCUUUUGGGGUUGCAAAAAAGUAUUUUACUGUUUUUGAUUUCAGUUUUUACUAUCCAGCUUUUGCAACACAGAAUAUGAGGGUUUGUGAUUUAGUGGUUCAAUUGAAUGAAUCUGUCUGUAGAGCUGUGUUCUUAAGUUCAUUAGCUUCUUUUUAGCCAUUAUUUUCUAUUUCUAAGGACAGAAAAAGAAUCUUUGCUCAACGGUCUGACUAAAAGUGAACUAUGCUCUGUUUUUGCAUGGUAUCAAAUUGUUCCUUAAUAAAGCAAUCUCUGUGUACUCUGGCAAUGUUUUGUAUGCACUUACUGAAGAAAGCUUCCCUGUCAUUUCACCGUUUGUAGGUUACCACUGAAACACAUUCUUUCAUUUGUAACUGCCUCAGUCAGGAGUAAUUCAGAGUUUUAGGGAAUUCAAGAUUGAUUUUUAGAUGGAAUCUACAAUGCUAUAUAAACUGAAGUUAAUCUAUCAGCAUUUGUUGUUUAAGUUCAGUUUAUCAUGUGAUUGUUGUAACUCAUUAACAGUGUUGUUCAUUCUUGUUUUGAAUCACUGAAUGUGUGCAGGAUUUCUGUGCUAUUAUCUGUAGUCUGUGCAUGAAGAAACAUCAGUUAGACUGUUAAAUUUACUCCAGGUCUAAUAUACAGCAGGUAUGUUAUAUAUUAAGCACUGAAGUAUAAAUGUUUUCACUGGAGUGUCUGUUCAUUCCUCUGCCUAAAUUCCAUUAAAUUUACAGCAAAAAUUCAAAUGUUCAUGGAGCAGAAAUGAAUGAAUCUCAGGAUUUUGUGACUAAUAUUGUUUAAGCUGCUGAGUCAGAAGCAAACAUUUAUGUCUGUGCAUUUAACGACCUUAGCUGUGUUUUUAUUUUCCUUUUUUUCCCCUGACAGUUGGAAUCAAUGUAAGUAAAUACAGCUGCUGGCACAGUGCUGUCUUGGUGUGAUUAGCUCAUACCUUUACAGAGUGACACGUGGUGGUCUGUGAAAUAAAAGCAAUCCCUGCCACUGGUGACUUUUUUUUCCCUUUUUCCUAAUAAGAUAGAGAAAAAGCUUUACAAGAAUGGUAAAUUGUAUUGUAAAUGUCAGGGGUAUUUAUUGGUCAGAAAUGGUGAUUUUGGUGCACUGCACAGAAAAAGAAACUGUUGUGUUAGAUGAACAAGAAGUUUCAUAUUUUCACCCUUUGCAUACUUGCCAGCUGGACUCUGAAAUACAUUUUGACCCUAAUUCGGUUUGUUGCUAUGUUAUGAUUUUGAUUGCUUGUGUUGUGUAAUUACAUAGAAAGCAGUGGACUUUGCCACUUGAAUGUAGUUGGAAAGUUGGGUUGCGUUUUAUAUUUCUAAUUUCUAAACAUUUAUCAUUUAAAGAUCUGGAGAAAUAAUAAAUUUGAUUAAGCAAGAAA